CAACUAUACAUCCCUCUUCCAUUCCACCAUCCCAACAUGUCCAUUAUUUUUGGAUGUGCCUAAUUUCUAAGCAAAAUGGCAAUCGCCGCUGCCAUUAUUCUUCCUAUUGGUCUCCUAUUCCUUCUAUCCGGCCUCAUUAUCAACUUUAUUCAGGCACUUCUCUUCAUUCUAGUUCGACCCUUUUCAAAAAACAUAUUCAGAAGGAUAAACAAAGAAGUCACAGAAUUGUUAUGGUUGGAAAUCGUAUGGCUUUUCGACUGGUGGGCAAAUGUUAAGGUUGAGCUAUACACAGAUCAAGAAACUUAUGGGUUCAUGGGAAAAGAGCCAGCACUAAUAAUCUCCAACCAUAGAAGUGACAUUGACUGGCUUGUUGGAUGGGUUCUAGCUCAGCGUGUAGGUUGCCUCGGUAGCACAAUUGCUUUGGCAAAGAAGUCUCUAACAUAUCUUCCAGUUUUAGGAUGGUCAAUGUGGUUUUCUGGUUGUAUCAGUCUUGAGAGAAGCUGGACCAAGGAUGAAAACAUCUUGAAGUCAGGAUUCCGAGAGCUAAAUGAUUUCCACCAACCUUUUUGGUUGGCUGUUUUUGUAGAAGGAACUCGCUUCACACAUGCAAAGCUUUUAGCAGCUCAAGAAUAUGCUGUUUCUGCAGGAAAACCUAUCCCAAGGAAUGUUUUGAUUCCACGAACCAAGGGUUUUGUUGCAUCAGUAAGCCAUUUGCGUUCCAUUGUUCCAGCAAUUUAUGAUAUAACGCUUGCAAUUCCUAAAGAUAAGCCUCAACCGACAUUGCUAAGAAUGCUUAGGGGAUGUUCUUCUGUGGUCCAUGUGCGUGUUGAACGCCGUUUGAUGCAGGAAUUACCAGAAGAUGAGAGUGGCAUUGCGCAAUGGUGCAGAGAUGUUUUUGUUGUAAAGGAUGCUUUAUUGGACCGGCAUCUUGCUACGGGUUCAUUUGGUGACCAAGAAUGUCAAGAUAUUGGAAGACCAAAAAAAUCCUUAAUGGUUGUUAUCUGUUGGUCAGGUUUCCUUUUCUUCAGUGCUAUAAAGUUUUUUGAGUGGUGUCCAUUCUCUUGGGGAGGAGUUGUAUUUUGUGCAGUUUUCUUGGUCUUGGUCCUAGUCUUGAUGCAGAUUCUCAUUGUCUUUUCCAAGUCAGAAAAAUCUACUGCUCCUAAUGUACCUCCUCCAAAUACAUUGGAAGAAAACCUACUUCCUGCAUGAGGAUAUGAUGUAAAUUAAUAUGCUUCAACUGGUUUAUGGGUAAUUUGAGCCAUCCAAAUUAGAGCAGAAGACUAACAAGGGUUGGUUUUUACAAGAAAUUUCUGAAGAUCAAGAUUCAUUGAUUCUUUGGUGGCUCUAACUUUCUCAUUUAUUUUCUUUUGGUUUGUUAUUCAUGAUUGGCCUCUUAUGAAACUAUCAGCAAUAUAUUUAGGUAAACUUUAGUAUAUAAAUUAUCCAAAUGUAUUUUUUAUUUUUGUUCCAUUGUAUGUAAAAAGUUGCUAAUAUGUCAAAGUAAGGAUAGGGUUGUAAUAGUCAUUUCGUAAGGUUAGCAUUUGGAGGGAAAGUUAGUUACGAUUCAAUUUGCUUAGUCGUGGACCAACAACUAUUCCAGUCUAUUAAUUGGUAAGGAUCCUUGUAAUUGAUUUUAUGUUGAUAUGAAACAAUCUCUCUCUCU